UUUCGAUAUUCUUGAAAAAAUCUAUAUUUAAAUGAAAAGUUUCCAAAUUUCUUGCAGAAUACUUUGCAUGUUACACAAUCUGCAGUAAGUGUUGCCCUUUUCUUGGUAACAACGUUUCCUGCAGUGCUGAAAACACCAUCCAGAUAGAAGUACUCGAGAAUGGAAUGAAGAAGAUGUUCCUAGCCAAAGAAGUGAGUCUUGGAUACUCAAUAACAUGCAGGUCAAAUAGAACCGAACAUCCGCGAGAGCCUUCAAGGUUUUUCGUCGAACGAACGUUCGAUCACUCGGUGUCACCACUACUUGCCAAUGUUUCCUUUUAUAUCCAGGCGGUAAUAAAUUAAAAUGUUGUUUCAGAUUAUGACUGACUUUGGGUAAUUAUUCUGGGGAUAGAAAAUGCAUUACCUGUAUGCAACGCGUGAAGAUUUCACCAACUUAUACAUAAUCAUCUCAAUUUUUAUCUAUGCGUCUAUUUUGGUCUAUGUUUUUAUCCUGAUUCCUGCAGCUUUUAACGUGUCUUUGGGAUUUCUAAACAUCUAUGUCAAGUUUCUUCUUUUCUUUUUUGACUGGGGUAGACGGAAAGUUUCGAGGAAUCAUAAACUGCAACAGCAGUCCGUUGUCGACAAUGAUUCAGAAAGUGACGAGAUUGUUCUAGAAGAAACUGAAUCAGUUUCAUCAAAUGGUGCUAAAAUUGUUCAUUCGGACAGUGCAGAAUGGGCCAACUCAGCCAAUGAGUAUGGAGAAGAAAUUUCAGCCAAUGAGAAGCAGGAUAAAAGAGGGACUGUUGAUGACUUAUCUGAAACUUCUCAUGUGGAAGAUGUUGCGGCACUUUCAGCAGCUACUCAGGAAUCAGAAAACAGUAAUCUGAACAGCGACUAUGCCAGAAUCAUUGACAAGAAAGGGUCGGUGGGUUUGGCCGAGUAUGCUCGUAAGUUAUACGAGCCCUGCUACGAAAGACUCCUUACCGAUCAGCGUUUCGACUUGAGUGACAUUUCCUUCUACAUCAAAGCGGGAGUUGACAGCAUAGUGCAAGAUGACGUCACGCAGAGGUUUCAGGCAGAGGAACUGAAAUCGUGGAAUUUUCUCACGAGGACCAACCAUAUCUAUAAACAUGACAUGGGCUUUCGGUUAAGUUUGAUCUGGUUCUUCGGCUUUCUGUUCCGCUACUUGAUUAUGUUUCCGGUUCGUGCUAUAAUCUUCGUAAUUGGCAUAGGAACUUAUGCUAACUGCACUCUAAUAGUCUCAUUCAUUCCUCAAUCCAAGUUGAAGGACGCUCUGUCCAAGAGACUUAGCCUGAUGAGCUAUCGGGUGUUGUGUCGCGGCUUCUCGGCCAUCGUGCGCUUCCACGAUCGAGACAAUCUGCCGACAGGGGGCGGAGUGUGUGUGGCCAAUCACACGUCUCCCAUUGACGCCCUCAUUCUCUCCUGUGACAACUGCUACGUCCUCAUCGGACAACGACACGGAGGCUUCACCGGCUUCAUGCAGAAUGCGAUGUCGCGCCUGGCCAGUCACGUGUGGUUCGAGAGGAGUCAGAAAAGUGACCGAGAAGGUGUGAUCAAGAAGGUGGCCGAACAUGCCUCGGAUCCCACUCGCACUCCAAUCCUGAUCUUCCCAGAGGGUACCUGUAUCAACAACACCUCAGUUAUGAUGUUCCGCAAGGGUAGCUUCGAGUACAGCGACCUCGUGUACCCGGUGGCCAUCAAGUACGACGCCAGAUUCGGAGACGCCUUCUGGAACUCAUCCAAACACUCAAUGCUCAGGUAUGUGCUCUACAUGAUGACCAGUUGGGCCAUAGUGUGUGAUGUGUGGUACCUGCCUGCUGCGAGAAGACUGCCGGGCGAAGAUGUGGUGUCGUUCGCCUACAGAGUGAAGCGUCUCAUUGCCACCAGAGGCGGUCUGGUCGACCUCGAAUGGGACGGGAACCUGAAGCGGAGCAAGGUCAACCCACUUCAUCUGGACAAGCUGAAGCAACGCACAUUCGCACAAGCUCACACUCGCACUUCGUGUAAUAACCUACUUGGUCUAGAUAUUCCAUCUAGUAAGGAAGAGAAAAAAUUAACACAAGUCGGGCAGAACAACAAUAACGAGAUAGUGGAAAAAGGUGACGAAGCAGCUAUGAAUAUUGCCGACUCAAAUAAACUAAAGCUGCUAUGAGAGGGAAAGUGACUGUGACUUCGGGCGAAUAAUAUUUUAUGUUGAAAGUUGUAAGUGCAGUUAUAAUAUAAUGUCGUUGCUUUCCGGGUUGUGUGCUCUGUGGAACUAUGUUAUCACAACUCUUAUAAUUUAACAAUUAUGAAAUGAAUGUCAGAUUUGCGCAUUCUGAAUAUUGUAUAACGGAUGGUGUAAAGCUUUUUAGCAACCUGAAAGUUAUUCUCUCAAUUCUGCAAUUGAAUUUGUUGAUUAGGUAUUUUACUGAUAGUUAUUUUGGUAUGUUUGAUAUUCCUGAAAGUUAAAGUUGAUAUUUAUAUAUUUAUACUUCGAAAGCUUCUAUUACUUGUACUUCUGAGCGUAAAUGCGAUUUUUA